AAAAAUAUGGAGAAUGGAAUUGAAGUGAAGAAGUGUGGAAUAAAGUUUGAUCCACCCUGCAUUAUCAUCAGCUAUGAAAAAGAUGGGAAACUUCGACGUAGAUCCAUGCCUUUGAGAAAUUUCACUAAAAAUUCCAGUAUUGACAGGGCAGUUGAAGAACUGUUGACAAAUCCUCGUCACAAAAAAUAUGUCCAUUCUCUUCCCAAAAGCCAGUUAGAACGCCUCAUUACCAUCAUCAGUGAUAAGAUGAAAGGAAUGAGUCUGGAGGCUAGCCUAGCUCGAAAUGCAGAUCUUGAUAAACUUGAUCCUGAAGAAGAUUUGAAUAAGGUUGAUCCUGAGACACUUAAUCGAAAGAAAGCUGUGAUGGACAAUACAUUUGAGAAAAAUCGAAUAAAACCUGGAGACGAUGGAUUUGAAUAUGACAAGGAAGUUAGCUUUGAUGGUGCAGUAGAAUCCUGUGAAUGGGACGAUAAUUCAGAAGACGAAAGUUUUUAGGUUUUAGAUUUGCUGACCACUACUGGCUAAUAUGUUCUCAAUUUAAAACAGCAAUAGCCUAAUCUCAAGAUCUAGACAACAAUUGAUAUAAACUUUAUCCCAUUAUUUAGAAACUGGAGAAGUUGAUAUAUUAUUAUAAUUGUUUGCAAAGAAAAUGAAAAUUACAGAAAAUAUGAUAUUCAACAUAGUACGUACACAGUUGGCUUACAAAUACUCUAAAGUGGGGUGAUUAGAGUUGGAGGGGAAAAACUACUCCAUUUUGAUACUAACUAAAAGUAUUGAAAAUGCUUAUUUAAACUGACAUUCAAUUUUUCAAGAUGAUAUUGCUUUGAUGAAUAUUAUAUGUGCAUAAUUAACAUACAUUGUUUCUUGGUACAGUAAGAUCCAUUAUUCCAUAUAGAUGAGUUUAAACUUGAUAUGUCACAAGGAAUUUAUUAAAUUCGUUCAGUAAUUUAUCAUAUAUUACUGAGUCAUAUUGAUGAAAGUAAAGGUAAAAAUUUCAAUUAAUGUCCAUAUAAGACCAGUGAAUUUUGAAUCAAAUAGUAAGAUGAAUUUUCUAUAGAUAGACAAUUGUGCAUCGUCAUAUAUUUAUUUUGACAAUGUGCAUUGUCAUAUAUUUAUCUUGACGACAUGAAUUAUUUAUGACGUCACAAUGUUUUUGCACUUUUGUCUUAUGAUAUUUAUGACAGCUGCAUAGUCAUUGUAGAAAAUGCCAGUUGUGUGGUAGAUAUUGAUGUACAUAACAUUUCAUCUUUCAAAUUCUUUUCAUUUUUAUUUUAACAUUUUUUGUUAAGGUGUAAAGUGUGUUUCUAUUUUUCCGUUACUAUUUUAAUUUAAUAUUCUGUGUCUGAAAUUAUUUACCUCUAUUCUGCCAGUAAUUAGUUGACAUAUGGAUAUACCAUUUAGUGUCAUGCUGACUGGAUAUAUAGUUUGCCUUUGGUUGUGAUAUAAGAUUACAAAUUGAAAUUAGAUGCAAUUAUAUAUAUAUAUUGCACUUCUUAAAGCUGUUUUUUUUUUAAAUAUGUCUUUUUAUAUUUCAUUGAUGUUUGUAUAUAAUACUUACAGUUUAUCUAUUUAUUUAACUCUGGUUUACAAAUUAAACCAGGUUAAUGUUAUGUCUGGUCAGUACUCCAACUAACCAGGUUAAAAUAUCUGGUAGUACUCCAAGUAACGAGGUUAAUAUAUUUGCUAAGUACUCCAGCUAACCAGGUUAAUAUAUCUGGUAAGUACUCCAGCUAACCAGGUUAAAAUACCUGGUAAGUACUCCAGCUAAUCAGGUUAAUAUAUCUGGUAAGUACUCCAGCUAACCAGGUUAAUAUAUCUGGUAAGUACUCCAACUAACCAGGUUAAUAUAUCUGGUAAGUACUCCAACUAACCAGGUUAAUAUAUCUGGUAAGUACUCCAACUAACCAGGUUAAUAUAUCUGGUAAGUACUCCAGCUAAUCAGGUUAAUAUAUCUGGUAAGUACUCCAGCUAACCAGGUUAAUAUAUCUGGUAAGUACUCCAACUAACCAGGUUAAUAUUAUAUCUAGCUAGUCUUCUAAUCAGGUUAUUUUAAUUCUGGUCAGUCAUCAAACAAACCAGGUUUUAUUAUAUCUUGUAAGUAUUCUAGAUCUAGUUUAAGUAUACUCGUUAACCAGGUUAGUUAUUAUACUCUUAAUGGCACAUCAACACAGAAAUCUAACCACUUUUGUCAAGGACAAUUAAUUAAAAAAAAAUAUUCCUUCAUGUCAAAAUAUAAAACAGUUUUUAAGUGUUUCACCAGAAAUCCAUCUGCUGUCUCUAGAAUAUCACAAAUAGAACUUGAUAAUCAGGCAAACUGCUAGCUACAUUUAUCAGUCAGUACAGAAGACUCUGAGGAUAUUCUUGUAGAGACAGUGUACCAAGCCAAGUCCUUGUACCAUUACAGUAAUUUCCUGAGUAUAUCCUACAGGAUACUGAGUAUAUCCUACGAGAUACAGAGUAUAUCCUACGGGAUACCGAGUAUAUCCUACGGGAUACCGAGUAUAUCCUGCGGGAUACUGAGUAUAUCAUGCGGGAUAAUGAGUAUAUCCUACAGGAUAUACAUUCAUUUUUUAUGUCUGGGGAAUUUUUCUGUGGGAUUUUAUAUGUAAAUGUGGAAAAAAUACUAUAUGUUUUUAUUUGUUUCCUGGUUAACACAAAAACACCAGAUACAAAUAAGAAAUGAGAAUAACUUUAAUAUUUUCAUUUCAGAGAGGAAUCACCAUUUUUAUAAUUUUUCCUACAGUACAACUCGGACAAAACUAAAAAAAAAACCAUUUGUUAAGAUCAAUUCUUGCGGCCAUAAAAAAGGAUUGAAUAUACAAUGUCCAAUUUGGUUUACAUAUACAUUCUCAUCAAUACACCAUAUGUAUAGCUUGCAGGCUACAUAUCAUAUUACUCAUAGGUAGGCUAUUGGUGCAGGUAAUAUACAGGAAAUUAAAGUGGUUAGCAAUCAUUGUGUCUGAUGUUAUAUUAAGGUGCGGAACCAUGUCAUCUUUUCACUCAUGAAAUGUAAUACAUUUAUUUGGUGCUAAAUCUGUCAUAUACUACAUACUGGGAUCACGUAGGAUUUCAUCUGCUAACUCAUACUUGGACAAUUCAUUGUUCUCAAGGAAAUGUAGACAUCAAAAUGGGUCAGAAUCUCACAUUUUUCUUGUUUUAUCAUCAACUAUUAUAAAAGUAUAAUGGCUUAGAAUGAUUUUAAUAAAUUUCUUGACUUGCACAAAAAAUCAUUUAAUAGGUCUGAGGUCUGAAACGUGAUGAAAUGUUUAUUGUUUAAGAGGUUGAAAAAUAUUUCAUGGUCAUUAUCAUUACCCUUGACUAUUUUAUGAAAUUCAGUUUCCCAUCUAUGUACACUGCAGAAGACUGCUGGUAAAAGUAUAAUUUACCUCACCAUGGUUGGUUAGGAUAUCAUUGUUUAAAUAAGCUACAUAAAAGAUGUAAUCAAAAUGUUACAUGUAAAAAUGAAACAGAAACUAUUUGCUCCUGUCUAUUUUUCAGGGGAUCAUAAUUAAUCCCCUACUGCUGGUGAAACCAGGGGGGACUAUAGGAUUCCUCUCUGUCCAUUUUGUGUACAUACCGGUACAUAUGUAAUAUAUAAGAAAAGUUUGAGUUUCACAUUUUUUUGGGUCAAGGUCACCGUUACUAAUUUUAGCUUGGGUCGGUAGGGUACAUGUAUUGCUUUAGCAAUAAUUAACCAGUAACAGAAUUAUAGGAUUCCUCCUCCGUCCAUCUAUGUACAUACCAGUACAUACCGUAUAUAAUAUCUCAGAAAAGUUUGAGUUUCACAUUUUUUGGGUCAAGGUCUUGGUUACUAAUUUUAGCUUGGACUGGUAGAGUACAUGUAUUGCUUCAGCAAUAACCAGUAGGCUUGUUGUAUAUCACAAAAUGUACUCAAAGAAUUGUUUCAAUAUACAUGUAACUUGUUUUUAUACUCCUACUAAUAGAUCAAGAAUCAAUAAAGAAUAUAUUUAAAUUUGAUUUACA